AUGGCGCCAUUCAUUUCUCUCAUUCUUUUUGCAAUUGCCGCAUUUCAGAGCGUUUGCGUUAUCGCCGAGGAUCAGACCGACUGCAAUCCCACCAAUUCGACAUCAUGCGACCCCGAUGCCGCCCUCGGAACGGAACACACAUGGUGGUUUAACUCCACUCUCGACAGCGAGCUCUGGGACAUGCAGACUGGGACACUCGACUAUACCAGCGAAGGCGCGAAUUUUGAGAUCAAGAAAGAAAAUGGAUCUACCUUGUUGGUGUCCAAUUUCUAUAUCUUCUUCGGCGUCAUGGAGGCCCACGUGAAAAUGGCCAAGGGCGCAGGUAUCAUCAGCAGUGUUAUUCUGCAAUCAGAUGAUCUGGAUGAGAUUGACUGGGAAUGGGUGGGCUAUAACACCAGUGCCGUGCAAUCCGAUUUCUUUGGCAAAGGCAAUACGACAACAAGUGACCGUGGUGGCAUCCACGCUGUUUCGAACGCGGAUACGGAGUUUCACAACUAUACAUCAUACUGGGACAAGGACAGACUCGAGUGGUGGAUCGAUGGCAACUUGGUGCGAAUCGUCAACUAUUCCGAGCCGUUGACAGUCUACGGCAAGAACUAUCCACAGACUCCAUGCAGAGUUAAGGUCAGCAACUGGCCAGUCGGCAUCAAGGGACAGUCUAUUGGAAAUAUUGAAUGGGGUGGUGGCUACGUGGACUGGGACGAUUUGCCUUUCAUUAUGACGGUGCAAAGAAUCCGUGUCCAGGAUUUCCAUUCGGGAAAGGAGUAUGAGUAUACCGACAAGACUGGCUCUUAUAACAGUAUCAAAGUAAUUGAGGGCAAUUCCACAGCAAAGGCUGAAAUAAACAAGAAGCCUAAGAAAACCCUAUCUCAGAAAUGGGACGACUUGUCAGCCGGUGCACACAUUGGUGUUUACUGUGGUGCAGCGGCAGCAGGCGUGAUCAUAUUCGCCGUAUUUGGUUGGUGGUGCCGACGACAGCGCCAGAAGGGUCGUCUUCAGCGUGCACUCGACAAUGGUCAGAAUAGCGCAGAGCUUAAAGAGAUGGAUCUUGGCAAGCAGUGGCGAUCAAGUCAAUGGGGACAGAAAGGCAGCUACCAGCCGGUUCCUUGA